GGGGCAGGUCCAGGGGGUCCGCGGAGUGCGCGGGGCCGGCCCGGCCAUGCUUUCCUGGGGUUCAGGUCGACGUCCCCGCACUAGGGGCCGCGCGGCUCGCACGUGAGCCCCGCAGUGGUGGCCGAGCGGGUCGGCCCGGGGCGGGGUCCCCGAGACCCCAUCCCGCCCCCGGUGCCUGGGCGGAACCCCCGCGCGCCACCGUCCGCCCCGCGGCGUGGCCGUUGGCCGGGGUCGCCCCCGCUCUGAAAGGUGGGGCGCUCUGGAAGCCGCCGUGGGUGGGGGCCGAGCCGGGUCAUCCCCGCCGCUGCCGAACCCGGAUGUUUCGGUCCUGCGAACGCGCGCGCUGGCCGGCGCUGGCCCGCCCCUCACCUGCGCCAGGUGCGCGCCCGCGGCCCUCCCCCGGAGGCGUGGCGAGCGGCGCGCUCUCCUCUUCCAGGUCGGCGUCCGCGCUCGAGGGGCGCCUGCGGACCCGCUCGGCCGCGAUGAAUAACCCUAUACCUUCCAAUUUGAAAUCAGAAGCAAAAAAAGCUGCUAAAAUCCUAAGAGAAUUCACGGAAAUAACUUCCAGAAAUGGACCUGAUAAGAUCAUUCCUGCCCACGUGAUUGCGAAGGCCAAGGGCCUCGCGGUUUUGUCUGUGAUCAAAGCUGGGUUCCUGGUGACGGCGCGAGGAGGCAGUGGGGUCGUCCUGGCGCGUCUUCCGGAUGGGAAAUGGUCUGCACCUUCCGCCAUCGGGAUAGCUGGGCUUGGCGGAGGAUUUGAAAUAGGAAUUGAGGUUGUUAGAAGACUGGAGGGGACAGUUGCAUGGAACCUCAGCACAUGCGUGGUAUCGGAUUUGGUAAUAAUCUUGAAUUAUGACAGAGCAGUAGAAGCUUUUGCAAAAGGUGGUAACUUAACCCUUGGCGGGAAUUUCACUGUGGCGGUCGGGCCCUUGGGAAGGAACUUGGAAGGGGACAUCUCCCUGAGGAGCUCUGCUGCUGUCUUCACGUACUGCAAGUCCAGGGGCCUCUUCGCUGGCAUCUCUCUAGAGGGGAGCUGCUUGAUUGAAAGGAAAGAAACGAAUCGAAAAUUUUAUUGUCAAGAGAUCCGGGCUUAUGACAUUUUAUUUGGAGACAUACCGCGGCCCGCUCAAGCAGAAGAUCUUUAUGAAGUUCUUGAUUCCUUUACUGAAAAGUAUGAAAAUGAGGGACAACGCAUCAACAUGAGGAAAGCGGAGAGAGAACAGAGGAAGGCAGCGGCUAAAGAGUUACCUCCAAAACCACUGUCGAGACCACAGACGUCAUCUGCUCAAGUCCAGCUGAACUCCGGCUCUCAAAGUAACAGAAAUGAAUAUAAGCUCUAUCCUGAACUUUCCAGCUAUCACGAGAAAGUUGGCAACUUGAAUCAACCCAUAGAAGUCACAGCACUAUAUUCUUUUGAAGGACAACAGCCAGGGGAUUUGAAUUUUCAAGCUGGAGACAAAAUCACUGUUAUAUCAAAGACGGAUUCACAUUUUGAUUGGUGGGAGGGAAAGCUUCGAGGACAAACUGGCAUUUUUCCAGCCAACUAUGUUACGAUGAAUUAAAAUUUAUGUUAUUCCUUGAGAACUACAAAAAAAUUAUUUCUAUACUGACAGGAUUUACUAUCUGGUUAAGCAAUGAUUAAUAUAAGUUUAAAUAUACUUCUGUUUGUUCCAUAAACUUUUAAUCCAGUAUGUAAAAAAUUUUCUAUAUAUAAAUAAAUGGUUAACUUACAUAUGUUUAGAUACUUUGUACUAAUUUUAUCACAUGUACCAUUUAAUAGUUAAUAUCUUCCAAUUAUAUGGCCAGUUUUUUGUGUUAAUUUUCAUACAUCACAAACACUUGAUUUGGCUGUGUCUGUGGUAACCAUUUAUUUUAAUUUGAGAAGUCUAAGGGUAGGGCAUGAAUACCAGUUCAUAUAUUUCUAUUUGCAAAGUGACUGGAGAAGGAGAAAUCAGCUUAAGUAGGAGAUUAAGUAAUACUUAGAGUUGUAGAUAUUAACUAGAAUAUGAAUCCUUAGAAAGUACCUUUCUACCUUCAAAAUUGUAUAUAGACAUUUAUAGUAGAAACAUGCUAUUACAAAGAAGUUCAACCACUAUGCAUUAAAAAAAGAUGUAUCUGUUAACUUUUCUUCGUAGGAGGUUAUGUCUGUUCGUUUCUAGCAGUAGAAUCAGCUUAUGUUGACAUGGUUCAGUUGUCUCUAAAUAAAUGUUUUUAAAAUGCUAA